AUGGCAUAUUCGUCACCUGCUCAAUCCAAAAUCAUGCAAGAACUUGGACUUUCUUUAUCACAAUAUUCGUUUUUCACUUCGGUAAUGACAUUGGGAGGAUUGAUUACGGCCGCGUUUAGUGGAAAAAUCGCUGCACUCAUUGGUCGUCGACAGACAAUGUGGAUCGCUGAUUCUUGCUGCAUCUUUGGUUGGCUCGCUGUUGCGUUUGCAAAAGAUAUUACGCUGCUAUAUAGUGGACGACUGUUCUUGGGAUUUGGGGUUGGUCUCAUUAGUUAUGUGGUUCCUGUGUAUAUAGCAGAAAUUACACCCAAAAAAUUUCGUGGAGGUUUCUCUUUUUCAAAUCAGCUUCUACAAUCUUCUGGGGUUGCGCUCAUAUUCUUUACCGGAAACUAUAUCAAUUGGCGAACAUUAGCGAUUUUAAGUGCAAUCCCAUGUGCUAUUCAAGCAAUAUGUUUAUUUUUCAUUCCGGAAUCUCCUAGAUGGCUGGCGAUGUAUGGUCGAGAUCGAGAGCUUGAAGUCACUUUGAAGAGACUUAGAGGACAAGAUAAUGAUAUUCUCGAAGAAGCAGCUGAAAUCAGAGAAACAGUAGAAAUCUCCAGAAGGGAAUCUGAAAGUGGAAUAAAAGAUCUAUUCAAUAUGAAAAACGCUCCUUCGUUAAUCAUUGGAAUAGGACUAAUGCUUGCGCAACAAUUUUGUGGGAGUUCGGCGAUAAUUUCUUAUGCUGCUCGUAUUUUCGACAAAGCCGGGUUUCCAAGCAAAAUAGGAACAACCAUCCUCGCAGCUAUUUUGGUACCACAAUCUAUAGUUGUCAUGUUAACCGUCGAUCGAUGUGGACGUAGACCACUUCUUAUGAUAUCUUCUAUCGGUCUAUGCAUAUGUUCACUUUUAAUCGGCCUCUCUUACUAUUUUAAGCAUGCAGAGCAUGAAUUUCAGACGUUUUGUUCCUUUUUGUUAAUCGUCGGUCUAGUGGGUUAUGUAAUAUCAUUUGGCCUCGGUUUAGGUGGAUUACCAUGGGUAAUAAUGUCCGAGGUAUUUCCGGUGAAUGUGAAAGUCGCCGCUGGUAGCCUUGUAACGGUGUCAAACUGGUUUUUCAGUUGGAUUAUCAUCUAUAGCUUCAAUUUCAUGAACCAAUGGAGCGCUUCCGGAACAUAUUUCACAUUUUCUGGAAUUUCUUUUGCGACGGCUGUAUUUAUAUGGACAUUGGUGCCUGAGACGAAAGGACGAACACUUGAAGAUAUUCAAGCAUCAUUAGUCCGACUUCCAUCAGUUUAA